AUGGAGUGUUCCAAGUACAUCACAGCUAUAAAGGUUGAGGAUCGCGAAGGAGUUACUAGCUUGCCGGCAUCAUGGGAAGAGUUUAAGGGCUGGGUGCAUGACAUGCAGUUGAUAGAUUUGCCUCUUACUGAUAGAAAAUAUUCGGCUAAAGGGUGGCCCAAGGGGUUGUCCGAUCACUGCCCGUUGAUCUUGGAAGGUACAAGACUAGGAGGGGGCCCUAGACCAUUUAGAAGUCAGGAUUCCUGGUUUACGCAUGAGGGAUUUCUGAGGAUGGUGAAGAAUGAAUGGAGAAGCCUCGGAGAAGCGCAGUUCACGUGCAAACUGAGGACUUUAACAGUACCACUGCGGCAAUGGCACAAGGAUAACUUCCGGGACAUGGAUAAGAGACUCAUGAGGUUUGAGGAGGAGAUCACCAAGCUGGACAAUUUAGUUAGUUAUGGGAUUUAUGAUGGUACAACGGAGGCUAGAAGGAAGGCACUAGUGAGCUUUUGUGCAAAAUGGUACAUUAGAAAGGAAAUACACUGGAAACAGAUGUCUCGGUCCAAGAAUGCUACAAAUAUGGAUAAGAAUACCAGAUACUUUCAUAACAUUGCCUCGGCCAGAAGACGGAAUAACAGGAUCGAUGCCCUGAUGAUACAUGGAAGACUUGUGCAGAACCAGGCAAGAAUAAAAGGUGCGAUUAGAGGGUUCUACAAGAAUUUAUAUAGACAGGAAUAUGCUCCGAGGAUUGGAGUUAGAGAUGGCUUAGUGAAGCAUAUCCAUAGGGAUGAGGCUGAAGUGCUGGAAGUGAUGCCAUCGGAGGAGGAAAUCAAGGAGGCCGUGUGGGACUGCAAAUCUUCAAAGGCCCCAGGGAGCGAUAGGUAUAAUAUGAACUUCAUCAAGAGAUGCUGGGAGGACAUUGGGCCGGAAUUCACUGUAGCGGUAUUGGGGUUCUUUCAAAGUGCUAAGUUGCCAACGGAUGUAAAUGUAACGUGGGUGACACUAGCCCCAAAGUUCGAAGGUGCAAAGGAGGUGAAGGAUUUUCGGCCGAUUAGUAUGGUGGGGUGUGUGUAUAAAGUAAUUUCUGUUGGUGAGAAGAAUGAGAUCUGUGAUGCCGGGGUUAGUCGGAGAGACUCAGACUGCGUUUGUAAAGGGUAG